AUACCGUGAUCGUAACAAAAACGAUUUCUGUUCCGUCCACGUGAAAUCAGUCGUAAAUUCACAGUAGUUGUUUCCAUUGUCAAAAAGUUUUGUUGCGUGCAUCUAAGUUGCGCGCGUGGCCGUUCGAGGAAGAAGACUUUCGUGCCUUCCACGCCGGGCACCCGCCACUUUAUCAUGAUCAAAUUAUUCUCGUUAAAACAGGCGAAAAAGGAUGGCGAGUCGCCGAAAGCUGGUACCCAAAAGAAGGCAUCCGCAGCACAACUGAGAAUCACAAAAGACAUAAAUGAACUCAAUCUUCCAAAAACCUGCGGGACAGAGUUUCCUGAUCCAGAUGACCUACUUAAUUUUAAAUUAAUCAUUUGCCCAGAUGAGGGAUUUUAUAGAGGUGGUAGAUUCGUUUUCAGUUUUAAAGUUGGGCCAAAUUAUCCACAUGAACCACCUAAAGUAAAAUGUGAAACACAGGUCUAUCAUCCUAACAUUGACCUUGAUGGCAAUGUGUGUCUUAACAUUUUGAGAGAAGAUUGGAAACCAGUCCUAACAAUUAACUCUAUCGUAUAUGGAUUGCAGUAUCUUUUUUUGGAGCCAAAUCCAGAAGACCCUUUAAAUAAAGAUGCCGCCGAAGUCUUGCAAAAUAAUAGGAGAGCGUUUGAGCAGAACGUAGCGAAAGCAAUGAGAGGUGGCUAUGUCGGUUCGUUUUACUUUGAACGGUGUCUCAAGUGACAUUAUGGUUCACUUUAUCCGAGAAUACAUUGAGGAAAACGGAGCGAGAGUAGAACUUCUCCCCGCUCUGAAUAUGAUCCUCUUGUCUAUCUUGUUUAUUUUAACGGGCCUCUUUGCGUCUUUACGAGUGCUUCGUAUCUUUGGCCAAUAAACCAUUGGUAAAACAAAGAAAAAAUGCCACAGAUGCGCUGUCUUCUCGGAGUGGGAUACUUAUUUCUUUAUUUUUUCCCUCAAAUAUUAACAAAGAAUUGAAGGUUGCACUUACAUUUGCAAAUUUUGUAAUUCGAACAACUGGUAAAUACGGUAUGAAACGUAGUAAUGGUAGCGAUUGUUAACAAUUUUUUAAUAUACCAGUGAAUUCAGAUGAGGAAAAGAAAGUUAAUGAUUAAAAUUGUCGCAAUUUGUAUAAAAGAAAAUUACUAAUAAUAUAAUAGAAUUUCGAUUCGACAAUUUAAUCGUGAUCGCUAUUGCUUUAAUCGUGUUAGGGAGAAUGUAUAUAUGCGUGCAUGUAUUUAUAUAAAAUUCUGCAAAUGUAUUUGCAAUAUCAAUAAUUGUCAAGACCUUUCAUAAAUGUAUCUCCGCCCUGAGGAUUACUUCGCAGGAUACGAAUUAUUUUCCCUAAAUGGGUACGAAUAUCCUGCCAAGCUCUUCAUUUGAAAUCACGUAACUUAUGUAUCGAUCGAAAGUGGAAUAUAAGGCUGUUAACGAAAAAA